AUGCAUAAGAGUUAUCAUGAUGCAAGAAGAAAAGAUUUGGAAUUUAAGGAAGGUGAUCAUGUGUUCCUUAGAGUUAAUCAUGUGACGGGCAUUAGACUUGCGCUGAAAUCGAAGAAGCUGACUCCUAAAUUUAUUGGUCCAUAUCAAACUUUUCAGAGAACUGGGGUUGUUGCUUAUAUAGUGACCUUACCACCUAAUCUUUCGAAUUUAAAUGACGUGUUCCAUGUAUCAAAACUUUGGAAAUAUAUUCACGAUCCAUCUCAUGUGAUUAGGAUGGAUGAUGUGCAAGUGAGGGACAACCUUAUGGUAGAAGCAUUUCCCGUGAGAUUUGAGGAUCGGAAAUUGAAGAAGCUGGGAGGAAAAGAGAUUGCUCUAGUGAAAUUUGUUUAG